AUGUCAACUGGUCAUGCCAGACUUGCUGACGAGAGUAGGUUUGUUGUUAUUUUCAAUGGUGUCUGGUACGUCACAACAUUUUUCACUCUGAUUGUCCUUUAUUUACAUUUUUGUAGAAUCUCGAUCCAAACUGAUUUUUACUUUAUAUUAUGUCGUACAUGUAGAUAUACUUUUCAUAGGUGCCAUCUUGUGGCUUUUUGUGCCGUGUUUAUGCUGUCAAUGUUGUUAGUAAAUCUCCUUGUUUAGUUUUAAAACCAUAAGAAAGAAUGGAAUCUAUCAAAGUCAAAGUUAUCAUUGUGAUAAGUGGUAAACGAAAGAGUGGAAAAGAUUUCUUAGCUGACAACAUCAUUAAUACACUAGGAUCGGAUAAAUGUACAAUUAUUCGUCUAUCGUCUCCAAUAAAACAACACUUUUCCGUAAAAUAUAACAUGGAGUUGACCAAAAUGCUAAGCUCAUCCACUUACAAAGAAACUAUUCGAAAAGAAAUGAUUGCAUGGGGUGAAGAACAACGCAAAGUGGAUCCUGGUGUAUUUUGCAGAAUGAUUACAGAGGAAGCCUUAUUAUCACAAAAUAAAGUUUGGAUUGUUAGUGAUGCAAGACGCCUUUCAGAUGUAGAAUAUUUCCGAAGUUAUGCAACUGAAAACAAUGUAAAGUGUUAUUGUGUAAGAUUAUUUGCAAAUAAUGAAACGAGAACACAGCGUAACUGGAAGUUUACUAGCGGUGUUGAUAAUGCUGAAUCGGAAUGUGGACUUGAUACUUACAACCAAUGGGAUUUUGUGUAUAGUAAUAGUACAAAUAAUAAUUUCAUGGGGGAUAUUAAGACAUUGUGCAAUUUUAUUUCUGAGAAAAUAUCUUAAGCAUAUAUAUUGUGACAA